AAAGUUUGAGGUUUGAAGUUAUUUCGCGCCUAAGUUGAUCAUCUUCCCAACCGCGGUUAUACAACUUUGGACAUUGCCAGCAAUGCUUGCUGUACAUUCAGAACAAGGUGGUACAGUCGAACAUAAAGGUAGGAGUACUAAUGGGAGCAAAAUAUACAAAAAGAUCGAGCUCGGACAACUUACUCCUCAUAAUAUCAAGCAAUUCAGAUUGAUAAAUCAAACUGUAUUCCCAGUCACAUACACAGAAAAAUUUUAUAAUGAUGUUCUAAAGAAUAGUAAGAUGUGCAGACUUGCUUACUUUAAUGAUAUCGUCGUUGGAGCUGUUAGUUAUCGAGUAGAGAAUGUUGUUGUGAAGAAUGUCGAUUUGGCUACGGAUGAUAAUAACGGCCAAGCUAAUCAAACUGUCAAGAAGUGUUAUAUUAUGACUUUGGGAUGUCUUGCACCAUACAGAGGCUAUGGUGUUGGUACGCUUAUGUUAAAACAUGUCAUUAAGAGCUGCUUAAAGCACGGUGGUAUUAAAAGUAUUUAUCUGCAUGUUCAUGUUGGUAAUGAAGGCGCAGUAGCGUUCUACAAACGUUUCGGUUUUGAAAUAACUGGAGAAGUUAGUGAUUACUACCGCCGUAUUCAUCCUCAAACUGCCUACGUGCUCGAAAGGUCCUUAUCAGCUACAGAAGCUAGGGAAUCCGACUCUGAAUCCGAUUAAACACUCACUCCAAUGUAAAUACAUCAUUUAUUUACACUGUUAAUAAAUACACCAACAGCAUCUUGUCC